AUGGGUUGUAAAAAAUGUAAUUUUAUUAUUUUUUAUUUAUUUAGCCAAGUUUACGAAAACGAAGAAGAUAGUGAUGACGAAGACCUUAUCCCUGAUGUGAAUAAUUCUAAUGAUGGUGAAACCAUUGAAGAUGAGAUAGAUUGUAUAUGGGACCUGCUAAAUUGUAUGGAGGCCGAUCUAAAUUACUGCUCACAGCUAAAUCCCAGUGAGCGUAAUACAAAGGUUACAGAAACAUGGCAAGACAUAAUGCAACAUUUCGAUUUGAUGGGCUUAGAACAGACAGUAGGUCUCAUCCUGUUUCACGGGUCUAAUUACAUUGAAUAUGUUGAUUGUGAUAUUGAAGGUGACCUCGGGAGGAUUUUAAGAGCUGAAAAUGUUGAGUACUUAACAGAAGCAUCAUCAGAAGAAGAUAUUAUAAAUGUGUUGAUGGGUUACACACAAGCUGAAGUUUUACUUCAGCUUAAAUUUGAAUACGAAUUAUUAGCCCGGGAUGAAGAGGAGAUUAACGAUUUUCAUACCAAAGUCCAGAUGAUAACCUCUAUACCAACAAUGGAUAGAAUGAAGAGAAAGACAUCUGCUGGUUUAAAAAAAACCAAUAAUCUUUCAAACUUAGAAGCACAUUUUAUUGGAUUUGAUAUUGAUGAUGAAGUACUGAUAAGAAUUGAAAAUAAGAAAAAAUUAUUAAAAAUGGUACUUAAAAAAGAAACGAGUGAGUCUAUGGAAGUAGACGAGCCAACUGUCAGUCCAUCCAUUGGUCAUAAUAAUCAUGUUAAUAAAAAGAAACUAUCUAAAUCAAGAAAACCUAAUGGUAUAAAGAAUAAUUGGAGUAAUAAGAGGCAUAAGAAAGACAAUAUACGCAAUGAUACCUUAGAAUCAUUCAAAUUACAUGUUCCGCCUUCUUUAGUACUUACAACUCAAAAAUUCAACAUAACUUCUUCAAACACUAGAAUUCUCCGUAGUGCUGGCAGAAAAAUGAAUUAUGAUAUUAAAGAUGCUAUUUUUAAACUUCCAUUUAAGCAUGGAUGGAAACGAGAAUUAGUAUAUAGAACAUCAAGUGAAUCUGCUGUUGUUACUGAGGACAAUAGAAGUGGUGAUAUAUACUAUUACUCACCAAGUGGCCAGAAACUACGAUCAUUACAAGAAAUACAGGAAUAUUUGAAUAUCUCAUCUGAUAAAACUACUCUAACUAUAGACAAUUUCACUUUCUUAGCAAAACCGAUUUUCGUGUAUGAUGAAUCAAAAGAACGAAUCAGAGAUGCAGAUUUCAAAUUAUAUAAGAAUGAGACUACUGAUGAUAUUGCUGUUCUACUUCAAAAAUCUAUAACACCUGAACAGCGCACACCACUUUAUUAUGGAUUGACAUUUGAUGUAAACAAAAAGUCUGCUUGUCAAAUGAGACAUUUUCUAAAUAUGUGA